AUAUUAGCAACAUCAAACAAAGUUCAUACAACAAGAUUGAAAGCUCGUGCAAUUUUAGUAGAAAAACAAACUCAAAUAGUUUUUUUAGAUACUCCUGGUUUAGUAGACAAUGAAGAAAUUACUAAAUAUAACCUUGAGAAAUCAUUUACUAGAGAUUGCUUGGGUGCAAUAUAUGAAGCUGACACAAUAGGAGUUUUACAUGAUGUAUCCAAUCGCCAUACUAGAAAUCGUUUAGAUCCAAAAGUUUUGAGAUUACUUCAUUUAAACGACGAUAAAGAAUCAUUUUUGAUACUGAAUAAGAUUGAUGCCUUCAGAUCAAGACGUAGUUUAUUAGAUUUAUCAAAAUCUUUAACCUGCAACAAUCUUAAAAACUUAGAAAACUACAAAAAAGAUAAAUCUUUAAAUAAACUCAGUGAAAUGAAAUUAAGUGAAAAAAUAAAAAAUUGUGUUGGUUGGGAUAAAUUUAGAGAUGUAUUUAUGAUAUCUUCAUUAACUGGUGAUGGUGUACAAGAUAUUAAGGAUUAUCUUAUUCAAAAAAGUAAGCCUUCAUCAUGGAUAUUUCCUGAAGGUACAUUAACUGACAAACAAGAUACUGAUUUAAUACUGGAAAUAAUUAAAGCAAACCUUCUUAAUAAUCUCCCAAAUGAAGUACCAUAUAAAUUGCAGAUUGAAUUAGAAUAUUUUGAAGUAUCUUCUGAUG